GACACGUGUGUUCAGUGACGUCUUGAGGUCAGAGUUCACCGGAAGCUGUUGGCUCCUGCCGGGAGACAGAACAACACAAAAACCUUUAGAAUCAUCGUAUAAUUUGCACGUUGACAUAUGUCUUUAUGCAUGAAGGGUUUGUUUUGUGUUCCGUUUGAUUGUGUCGAUGUAAAGAUGUCUGUAUCACCUUGAGACGAGCGCUUAAAACUGACUUUAAACCCGGAAGUAGAGCAGAGCAGCAGAUGUUAGCUUAGCCGCUAACACUCUUUAUCUCUUCUAAAUCCCAAAUGAGGGAGCGAUUUCGUGUUUAAACCCUGAUCUCACGCUCAUUCUGCACGUUAAAGUCACAGAUUGCGCCUGCCAUGCGUGUCAGUGCCGAGACGCGUCGUUUAUCGGGUUGUGAGCUGGGUGAGAUGUGAGAUCUGUGUGAUACACUCUUCCAGCUGUCAGAUACUCAUCACUCUGAUCUGAUCAAUGUGAUUCUCAUUAAACUGCUCAAUUACUCUGAUCUUCUCUGGGUCAUUCGGGAGCCUGCAGACAUGAGUGGUAAAUUUGGGCUUGGGAAUUACAGCUCGAGGAAGCACAUCUCCAUAUCUGUGCCCUCAUCCACAGAGGUCAUGUCACCUCAUAUCAAAUCAGUGGAGGAGCUCAGAGUGCUGGGCAUCAACCUGAGCAGCUUCAACACACCAACACAGUUCUUCAUCUGUGUGGCCGGCGUCUUCCUCUUUUACCUCAUCUACGGCUACCUGCAGGAGCUGAUAUUCUCAGUGGAGGGAUUUAAGCCAUUUGGCUGGUAUCUGACGUUAGUGCAGUUUGGAUUUUACUCCUUGUUUGGUUUAGUGGAGUUGCAGCUUACUCAGGAUAAAAGGAGGAGGAUACCAUGCAAAACCUACAUGAUCAUCGCAUUUUUAACAGUUGGGACCAUGGGCCUAUCCAACACUUCUUUAGGAUACUUGAACUACCCUACACAAGUCAUAUUUAAGUGCUGCAAACUCAUUCCUGUCAUGAUUGGAGGAGUUUUUAUACAAGGGAAACGCUACAAUGUUGCGGACGUAUCUGCUGCUCUGUGCAUGAGUCUCGGUCUGAUCUGGUUUACACUGGCAGACAGCAAGAUUGCCCCAAACUUCAACGUAACAGGGGUAAUGCUUAUAUCUCUGGCCCUCUGUGCGGAUGCAGCUAUUGGAAAUGUGCAGGAAAAAGCCAUGAAACUUCAUAACGGAACCAAUUCAGAGAUGGUUUUAUAUUCCUAUUCUAUUGGUUUUGUGUAUAUUUUGCUGGGACUGCUGUCCGUUGGGGGGCUUGGACCUGCUGUUUCCUUCUGCUCUCAGCAUCCAGUGACGACAUACGGUUAUGCAUUCUUCUUUUCACUGACGGGAUAUUUUGGCAUUUCAUUCGUCCUGGCUCUGAUAAAGCUGUUUGGAGCACUGGUUGCUGUCACAGUGACUACGGGAAGGAAAGCCAUGACUAUUGUGUUGUCAUUUCUGUUCUUUUCAAAACCUUUCACUUUCCAGUACAUCUGGGGUGGUCUUCUGGUGGUGUUUGGCAUCUUCCUUAAUGUUUACAGUAAAAACAGAGACAAAAUUAAACUUCCCUCCUUAGCAGAGCUCAGAAAACGAGUACUCAGUGGGAGGAAGGUGCGCCUGCUGUCUCAGGACGUGUAGGAGGAUGAACUUGAAAAUUGAAUUGAUGGGCUUCUCCUACGUCCUACAUCAGCUGAUGCUCAGGUGUGGUUUGGAGUCCGAGAUGGGGCAGAUGACCUCACAGAGUCGAAUCGGCGCACCUGGAGCGUGGAGAUCUGUUUGAAUCAAAGGGACCAUAAACUAAAGCCAAAAAAGCAAAGAUUUGCACUGGACAAAGGUGGAGACUGAAGGUGGAGAUCGGUUUCAGUAGAAAGCUCCUUUUUUUAACAAAUCAUGUCCAAAUGAAUGUCGCCCUGAUGGGAGCCAGUGACAUUUUAAAUGAAACAACAGUAAAACAACGGCAACAGUUGACGUACAAGUCAGGACUCUGUUUUUUGAGUUAACUGCAGUUGCACAGGUGAAAAGAACUCCAUUAUUCUGUCUGUUUAAAGGGCUGACAUUCGGAAAAGGAUCAACUUAUCAGCUGCCAUAUUCGCUAACCGUUUGUUUGGUGAAGGGGUGGCUGUUUUUACAUUAAAAACAAACUGGGAAGUUGAUUCAGACAGUCUGGAGUGUUUUCAUGA